UCACAAAAUCUUAUGAUAUUGUAAUUUAUUUUCAACAACGAGUCCCAUAUGCUAGGGGGUCAAUGUUUUGAUAUUUUUUAUUUGAAACGUAAAAAUUUGCAUGGGUCAUUGAGAAAUAUAAAAGAUAGUACACUCGAGUUAUCUUUUUGAGGAGAAGUGUAUAUGAUUAUUAUCAUAUUUCAUUGUUAAUAAAUCAAUAAUAGUAUUAUAGAUGUGUUAAUAUAAAAGGUUUUUUUUUAAGAAAUAUCAGAAAUUAGAUUUUCUAUAUGUAAUAAGAUAAACUUCUAUUACUUAUCGUAACUAGAUAAUCAAUUAUUGAUCAAACGCGAAGAAUAACAAGUUCUUUUACUCUUUCUCUUGUUUCCUUCUUUUUUAAAUCGAUGUAACAGAUUACACUUACGUCAGAGUGCAAUAGAAAAAAUAAAAAACGUCAAUAUGAGUAGCAAUGUAUGAUAAUUCCCUUGUAAUAUUUCCUUCUAAGUAUUUACAGAUAUAUAAAACUCAUUUUUAAAACAACAAGUACAACCGAUUACGAGUAGUCUGCAUUCUUAACAUUUUUCUAUAGCACUAUUCAAUAGAAUGAUUUAUCAUUCGAUCAUAAUCGGCUAAUCUUGAAAUCAAUAAUACUUGCAAAAUUAGAAAUAUUUUUAUUAUUCUUAUUAGAAAAAUAUCUAGUUCUAUUUACUUUUCUUUUCUUUCAAAUUAUAAAAAUGAUGAUUAAUAUCUCUGAAACAUCCUCCUAUACGAGAUACUUGAGAAUAAUUUCCCCUAAUUAUAUCAUAAAUCAUUCUAAACGUCAUGUGUAUUAUUAUUUACUAUUCUUUUUUCUUCUUCUUUUUUUUUUUUCUUUUUUUGUGACGACGUUGUUCACUUUUACAAAUCCAUUUAUAAAAUAAAUCACUUGCUAUCUAUGAGAUCGAGAUAACAUUGUCUAACAUUUUAUGUAUAUAGGUAUGCGAGUAUUAUAGAAAAAGAAGGAAAAUAAAAGAAAAAAAAUAAUCCAUCCAAGUUGUAUAAAAGAUUAAAAUCGUAUUAUGCAUGACGUUUGAAUAUUUCUUUGAUUACAGCCCUCGUUGGAUGUAGGCACGUACAGGUACUAUUCCUGGCCUUCGGUUUCUUCUGCUGUUAUGCUGUCAGGGUUACUAUGUCCGUGACCUUGGAAGCUAUGACCAAUUCUACCAAAGCUAAUACAGAAUUCGAGGAAUUCCAUUGGGAUCAGACUACCAAGGACACCAUACUCAGUUCAUUCUUUUGGGGAUACAUAUGUACUCAAGUACUUGGUAACAUCAUUGCCCAACGUUGGGGAGCCCAAAAAGUAUUGUCUUGUUCUGUUAUCAUUAACGGAUUAUUGACACUUUCCGUUCAUGCUGCUGCCCAUUACGGAGGUUGGGAAGCUGUUUGCGGUACCAGAAUUGUUGCUGGCUUUUUCCAAGGUACGGUCAUGCCGACCAUGCACAUGCUCUUGUCUAAAUGGUCACCGAGCGAAGAAAGAGGAAGAUUAGUUGCAUUUGUUUAUACCGGUGGUUUGAUCGGUAAUGUUGCCUCUCUACUAAGUUCCGGAUUCCUUUCUGCUUCUGUUCUUGGCUGGCCAAGUUGCUUUUACUUUUGGGGCAUUACAAGCUUGACAGCUGGUAUUUGUAUUUUGAUUUUUGUCAAGGAAUCACCCGCUGAUCAUCCAAAUAUUCCUUUUGAUGAAAGACAAUUCAUCGAAGUUAGUUUAGGUGUUACCGAAACCGAUGAGAAAUUACCUACUCCUUGGAUCGCUAUAUUAACGUCUGUACCUGUUUGGGCUCUUCUUAUUACACAAGCCGUUCAAAAUUGGGGAUUCUGGAUGUUGUUAACUAAAAUGCCUUCUUAUAUGAAUUCAGCUCUCGGUUAUGAUAUACAACAGAAUGGAUUGAUGACGGCAUUGCCAUAUUUGACAGCAUGGAUUCUUAGUUCACCGAUCAGUUAUAUUUCUGAUAUGUGUAUCAGAAAAAAUAUUGUCAGCUUGGAGGCAUCCAGAAAAAUAUGUAACACCAUAGGACAAUGGAUUCCUGCUGUCGCACUAAUUUCCUUGGGUUACAUCAAUAAGGAACAACCUGAAAUUGCAGAAGGAAUUUUGAUUAUUACCGUUGGCAUUAACGUUGCCAUAUAUUGCGGCCACAACAUUAAUCAUAUGGAUCUCAGUCCUAAUUUUGCAGGCGCAUUGAUGGCCUUUACUAAUACUACCGCUAACAUUUGUGCUAUUUUAGCUCCUAUCAUAAGCGGUAUAAUCAUUCCAGAUCCGUCUAAUAUUCUUCAAUGGAGAAGUAUAUUCUUCCUCACAGCCGGUCUUUAUAUAGUAGGAAAUCUUAUUUUCAUAUUAUUUGGUAAAGGUACGGUACAAAAGUGGAAUGAUCCAGUAAUCAAGAAAAAAGAAUCUUCGGUGUAUCAAAUAGAAGUAGUAAUGGAAGCUAAUGAUUCUGAAAUACAAAAAGCUAAUAAUGAAAAAAUACCAUGACAAAUAUAU